AUGCGGGGUGCCUCGUCUCGCACUCGUCGCCGCCUUUUCGCCUCGCUCACCCUCUUCGUGCCGAUUAUUCUCGUGCUCGCCACGUGUUCGCGCCUUUCCCUGCCACGUGUACACUUCUCGCUGCGCCUGGAAUGGGCCGAAGGCCGCCCGUAUCACGACGUUAGCACCAGCCCCCCUGGGAGCGACCUUGCGGUGCCAGGCGCGAGUCAACGGAGUCAACGGAGGGCCCUCGCUGUGAAUCCGUCCGCCGCACCGCCGCCGCCGCCGCCGCCUCCCGUGUGCGAAUGUCCCGCGUGCCCUGCCGGCGACAGUGGUCGCAGUGUUAGUGGGCCGGGCGGCGAUGCGAGAAGCGGCGGUGGAGAGGGGACCGGUGCUGGAGGGGGAGGCGAUGGUGGAGCGGAGGGGGGAGGCGAGGCGGCGUGGGGCGUUCCGAGUGCACCCGACGAGCAUCAGCUUGUUUGCUGUCGUCAGCACUUACCGCACUGGCCAGGACAGGUGAGGCAAGGCACGCAACAGGUGGACGACAGCUUCAUGGUGGUGGGGUGGGUGAGUCGCCUCGCCGCUGGGCGGUCAGGUGCACUUGGAGCCAUUCAAACCAUCUUCACCGUUACUUGGAUAAUCAAAGCCUCCACGUUCCUCGCCCUCCCCUCCCUCCCAUGCGUGCUGUUGCUGGGCAGCUUCAUGGUGGUGGGGUGGGUGAGUCGCUGCUGGGCGCUCAGCUUCAUGGUGGUGGGAGAGUCGCUGCUGGGCGCUCAUCUGCACUUUGCGGGCGCACUGGUGGACGAGUGCGUGUGGCAGGGCGAGGGGGAGGGGGACGGGGGAGGGAAGCAGCCCACGGUCGUUACUCCAGCAGAGACCUUGCAUGUGAGUGGCACGCGUGUGGCAUGA